CUCUUGAUUUUAAUGGCAGACAUGUUUAUGAUUGUAAUUUUUUCUUAAUUCACAGAAAACCUUUUGUAAUUUCUUUACUUCAGUGAGAGACAUCCGUGUAAUGUGUAAUGGUGUACUUUUGGCCACAACCAGUGCAGACUGUGUGAUCACACAUUGUAGGAUUAUGAAAUGGGCAACAACCCAGCGAAGGAUAGUUCAACAUUGAAUGCAGAAGGUGCGGUGUCUGCCGGCAUCCAGACCACUGUGAUGUUACCUGAUGGUAGUCAGAAACAGAUGAUUGUUUACACUCAAAUGGACGCAUUUCAACUGAAAACGUCUUGCCUUGGACCUGAUUAUCCCCAUCUGGACUGCUACAAGGUGGUGGUCAACUUCCGCGGCAGAACGCCGGUGGAGGUGCUAGACCAUCAGGAGUUUGACCAGGAACUCCUGCAGCAGGCUAAAGACAUAAGCAUUGUUCCAAUUAGUGCUAAUGAGGGUGUACUGGCUGAUAACAUUGACCUAGACGGUGCCAUACGGCACGUUCAGUAAAUUGUUCUUACUUUUGGUAAUCAAAUUGAAUAUGCUUUACUGAUUUAUUAUUGAGAUUUACAACUGUUUUAUUUUAAUAUGCAAAGUUUUCAAUCAUCUUGUUUUUUAAUUAUAUAUUGUAUUUUUUAAAUUUUAUUUUGUAAAUAUACUGAAGAUUUUUUUUUUAUAGCCACUUGUUCCUGUUUUUUUUGUUGCUUUUUAAUAGGGCCUACCCUAUGUGUUAGAGAUUAAUUUGCUUGUGUUUAUCCAAACUGUGUAAAUAAUUUUGAUUCAUGAAACUAGAACUACAUGAUCUAUAAACCACUGUAACUCAUGUUAAAACUGUGGUUUUAUUUGUGAUAAUUAGUAAUUUUAUGGGAUCGCAAACAUCACAGAUUGUGAGAAAAAUUUCCAUGAAAUUAUCUUUCAUGCUGCGGCAAGAUAAGCUGGGAUAAAAAAAAACUAGAAAUAAUUAGAUGAACUAGUGAAUUUAUAACACAUUGGUACACGAAAUAUGCAAUUGUUGUCUAAAUCAUGUAGUCGUUGAUGACAAACUAAUUAAUCUAAGCUUUCCAGCAGUUACCUCCCUUCUAGUAAUUCCUCCUGAUUCUCCAUGUUCUCAACCAUUAAGUUUAUAGCACUACUCCCUCCAUACAUGUAUUCAGCCUUAAAACAGUAUAAAACAGUCGGUCAUUGUUAAAUCUACUGCUAUUCUUGAGAAACAAAACAUGAGAAAAUCAUUGUUGUUGACAGCACAAAUAAAUCAGUCCGCUUUUAAUCAACUGCUUUAAUUAAGAAAGAAAAACCUUGACAAAAAUGAUUGUAGUAGCCAUAUAGAACUUUUCUCCUGAGAGAAUCCAGUGUAGUUCCAAGACUCUACAAUACAUGUAUGUUAUCAUGUCCCAAGACUUUAUGAUACAGGGAUUGUGCACAUACAAAUUUGUGGGUGCUAGACCUGUUUCUUGUAGACACAGCUGAUUGUUUCCUAAAUGCCAUUUUCCCUUUUGUGAAAACUGACAUGUGUUGCAUCAUACAUAUAGAUACAGUAUGAAUAACAUUCAACAAAAAAAUGCUUCUGCUUAUAUUAGUUGUAUUAAUAAGUUGAAGCACACAGCGCUUUACUUUAAACAUAGUAUGAGGCUUAAAUUUAAUUCCAGUACUGGCGUACAAAUGUCCAAAAAAAAUUUUUUUAUUCCUAUUAUUAUUUAAAAAAAUAAGUUUUCAUGUAUUAACUUUUAAACUUGAAAAAGAAUAAUCAGAAAGAUAAAAAUUGUAAUUUAAAAUUAUUUACUCUUCAUAGUUGUAGACUUUAAAAGCUGGUGCUGUGAUUAGUGUGUUAAAAAUGAGAAGUGAUUUCUAGGAUGCUUGUUGCUGCAGUUAUAGUAUAGCAUAAUGUUAGAUUAAUUUAUCUAUUGAAUUGUUUGAGGGAUGAACAUUUUAUUAGUUUUAGCAUGUCUUUGUUUCUUUGCUAAAAAUGACACAACAUUUGUAACCUAGAAGUGUCUGUGUAAGGUAACUCAAAAACCAACAUUUAUUUAUUAUCUGAGUAAAAUAACAUUUUUAAAAAUUAUAAAAAAAUGUUACUAAAUAUAUUUAUUUUUAAUAUAUUGUGGGUCUACUUAUUGACAUGAGAGGGGGGGGGGUGGUUUUAUGAUUAUUUCUUUUUAUUUUUACAUGAAAUAAUUUUUUUUUAUAUACAUAAUAUGUUUCUAAACAUUGUAUGGAGUAUAGGUGGGUAAAGUGUCACAUUUUUGUGAUACAUUAUGUGUUUAGAAUCACUAAGCACUUACAACAUUACUUGUAUUCAACAAUAUAAGUGCAAUGUUUUGGUACCCUACAUGUAUAUGAUCAGCAUUGUUGAAAGGCUCAGAUUUUAUUUUAUAUUUACCUGCUCAAUAACCCUGUUUGAAUGGAUUUCACAGAUGCCUUUUUUAAGUCAUAAUUCAUUUCUUAUUUACAUUUUACUUAAUUGCUACAUAAAUUUUAUGUUGUGCUUCUGAUUCUUGUUUUCAACAAUUUGUAUUUUAGUUGGAUGUUAACAAGAAACAAGGUUACAUAGUUCCUUGUUUUAGUGAAACAUGAUAAUAGAUGUGUUUGUCUUGUUUAUUAUUAUGUUUAUUUUUUUUCAAUUUGAUAAUAGACAUAAUCUUUUUACACUUACCAUAAAACAAAAAAUUUUAUAGUAUUUUUUUAAAU